AUGUCUGAAAGGAGGUACAGAGUGCGGUCUCGUGGCCGAUCUCCGUCCCCUCGGCGUCCGCCGGCAAGGCCUCGCGAUUUGAGCCCUUCAAGGCCUCGGAAUUAUCCCUCUGACGGCCGUUAUGGGAAGGAAGAGUAUUUUGGUGGGCCACGAACAUCUCGGAGGAUAGAAAAGAGGGAUGAUUUUAAUCGAGAUUUUAGAUCAUAUUCUCCAAGGUCUCCUGAAUAUGUCCAUAGAGAUAGGGAUAAGUAUGCUGCAGGUGACAGGUGGCUGAGGAGGAGCCCUCUCAGAAUUAGGAGCCCCCGAGAAUUUGAGAAAAGGGAUGAAUUCAAGAGGGAUAACGACACAUCACGAAAUAUGAGACUGCCAGACUAUGAUGCUGCUGCUGCUGCUGCUGCUGGCAAAACUUUUAAAGAUGGGGCCCACAUUGGUCAUUCGAUGAGAUCAUAUCAUGAGGGCUCCUAUCCAUGGGAUCAUAUUCUGGAUGGUCCGAGAAAACCCGUGUAUUUGAGUGUGAAUGAUUAUGGCGGGACCCCUGACUAUAUCAGGGUUCGUGAGAGGGAUUACUAUCCGCAAUAUACGGAUAAUACCAAGACCUCACUUGCUUUGGGUCAUGGUGGUGUUGAUGAUGUUGUGCACGCGAGCAAUCUGGGUAGUGCUGAUGUCAGUGGUCACAGGCCUCCUGUGUCGUCAUCUUACUUGAAUACCUGUACAAGCAAACUUGGGUGUGCACAUUUGGAGGACAAACGACAGUUGGAGAAAAGAAACGGGAGCUUGCGCAAUGAAGAAGAUCAUCUAAGUGAAAUGAAAAGGGCCUUUUUCCUUUACCAGGAUGGGUCUCUGGGUGUAGACGAAAGGGAAAGAGAUGAAAGUUACGGUUUCAAGAAAGGGAACAGCCUCCUGUCUUCACAGGGUCAUUUGAAGGGAGAUUAUAUCCAUUCUAGGGAAUACAUUUCAGUGCCGAGGGGCACUAUGGAGGGUUUUCUAGGCUGCUCUCCUUCUAGAGACCGAGACAUGCCUUCAAAAUUGAGCCAAAAAGGCAGUGGGUUAACUUCCCAGCCCAUUGGUUUUGAUGGAUAUACAGGAAGCCAGUUUGAUGAUACUAGGAGCACUUCAAGAUUAUAUAGGCCGCCCCAGGAAAAGCAAGACAAUGACUUGUUUUCUGAAUUUGGCAGAAGCAAAAUAGGCAGCACGAGUACAAGACAUAAUGACGUUGAAGAGGAUUAUAGAGAUCACCAUAUGUCAAGAAAUGUUGUUUUUAACCCUGCAGUUGAUGAAUGCCCUCAUAUGAAACCACCUAUGAGGGAUGAUGGACAAUGGGGUCCAUACUCAUCUCAGGUGCGGUCAAUGCCUGAUGAUAGACUUGAUGCAAGCAGAUCAGUUCAUGCAAGAAAGCAAGAGUGUGACAUGUUGGGUGCCGGAAACUCUCGCCUCGAUUAUGACAUUGUCGGAUAUCGUGAAUAUGUCAGUGUUGAAAAAGAUGAUCAUUGUCAUCAUCAUUCUAGAAUGGAUGUUUGUGAGUGGUCUCGUGAUGAAAGAUUAGAUAGUUUACUAUCAAGUGGAUAUGAGUCACAUGACCCUUCGUUUGGCAGAUUUUACGAUAGCCCUAGCAAGAAUUUAGGUUUGGAGGAUGUAGACCUGGACGAAACCUUUGGGAGAAGAUUGAGAAAUAAACAUGGUAGGGACGAGAUGUACGAGCAGGAUGUCGGGAUUAGAAUUUCUGCUGAUGGGAAUGGUGCAAGGAAGAUAUACAAUCGAGAAAAAUUGGGAGAUGAAAUUGGUUUUGCAGAUUAUUCUAAGAAACCCAGAUCAAGCAGAGCUAACUUUGAGGAAUCACGGAUGGGGUUUUCCAAUAUAACCAAUAGUCGGCCAACUUCUUCAAGGUCUCACCCACGUAAACCUGGUUCUGGAGAUAUAAAGAAGAGACUAGGACCAGUUCCACAUAAGCUUCAUGUUUCACAGCGUUUAUUUAAAAAACAUAAACCAUCAGUGAUGAAGCGGUUGGCACCUGCUCCAACAAAGAAACAUGGUCCUACUGCAAUAGUAAAAAAUCGAAGUUCUCAAUUUCCGAAAAGCAUUCAAGAUUCAGAUGGAAAUCCUCGCACUCUUGAAGACCACUUGGGAGAUCAUAUUAUUAACCCAAAGCCUGAACCACCUGAGGAGUCGGAGGAUUUCAAACAGCUGGUGCAAAAUGCAUUUUUCAAGUAUCUCAAACAAAUUAAUGAGAUGCCUGGGAAAAGGAAAAAGUACCUGGAGCAUGGCAAAGCUGGUAGUUUAAAGUGCAUUGUAUGUGGCAGCAACUCAGACGAGUUUGCAGAGACGGAAAGUUUAGCAAGACAUGCCGUCUCGUCCAAAAAGGUGGGUCUUAGAUCUCAGCAUUUGGGCUUGCACAGAGCCCUCUGUGCACUCAUGGGUUGGAAGAUUUCAGAGCAGCCCAGCAGUCCAUGGGUUUGUGAGGUAAUGUCCAGUGCGGAGUCUUCAGCUCUUAAAGAAGACCUCAUUAUUUGGCCACCUGUUGUAAUUGUGUAUAACAGCGCCAUAGAUAACAAGAAUCCUGAUGAACGGAUUAUUGUAUCUCCUGAGAAGCUGGAUUUGCAGCUCAGAGAUAUGGGUUUCGUAAGCAUUGUUAAGGUGUGCAAUGGAAAACCUGCGAACCAAAGUGUAAUGCUGGUUAAGUUCAAUGGUACACUCUCUGGAUUACAAGAGGCAGUUAAGUACCACAAGCGAUACCUCGAGUCCAAGCAUGGGAGAGACGAACUGAAUCAGUUAAAAUCCGAUAACCAAAUGUCGGCACAUGUAACAUCAACCAAUAAAGAAGAAGAUUUUCUGUAUGGCUACCUGGGAAUUGUGGAGGAUCUGGACAAACUCGACUUUGACACCAAGAAACGGUGUGUUUUGAGGAGUAAAAAUGAGAUCAUGAACAUCGUGAACAUCCCUUUAGCCACUGGGGAAGAAAAUUGA